GGUAGUCUGGACGGCACGAUCACUAAUUUAGGCGCAUAUGAUCAGUGCCUGUCCAUCGAGUCCGACUCCAACCUAGCCGUGCCAUUCAUUGGUCAGUACUGUGUUGUCAAAUACCAGAUCGCUUUGCCACCCAAACCCAAACGUAUGACACUUCGUACACCAGUGUUUAACUUUACGGGUACACCAGUCUCGGGAACGUUUCUGGAAGAGUUCUCUCUAUCGGCACACGCUUUCUAUGAAAGGUAUGGUCGCACCGGUAUAUGCAUACCAUCGCUGUGUAGCAAAAAUGACUUCCACUCGUUUCUCAAGAGAUUUAUAUCUGAGAGCCACAUGAAUCUGACUAUCAAUGACUGUCACACGAAAGUACUGCCAAAAUUCAAUUCAUUACAACUCGCUAUUAUUGUCAUCUUCGGUGUCGUCUUAUCUCUCAUGAUAUUAGCGACGAGUGUCGACCUAAUCAUUGUCUACACAAAUGACUUGAAUUACAUUCCGUUCAUUAGUUUCGAGACC